CACAAAUAUCAGCCCAUAGAAUCCACGCGCCAUGGGGAGAACGUACAAAUUCCAUGCACCAUGGGGAGAACGUGUGAAUUCCACGCAGACAGAGCGGGAGGCAGGAUUCACAGCGGGAGGCGGAAAGCAAGAGGGCUAUCUAUCAAGCCUCUGUGCCUCUCACAUAACAACCACUUAGAAAUACUGCUGAAUUAUUUGCUGAGCGUGUACUUUUUUCUGCUCUUAGACGUCAAAUCAGAAUGGAAGCGCCUCAUAUUGAUUGCAGCCAGUGACAUGCUCGAGAAUGCAAUAUGGCAGUUUUCUGUUCAGAGUGUUAAUGUAAAAUUACUCUCUUCAAAUUCAGUGAAGAGGAAAAAAACGCCAAUACUGUGUUUAAGUGGAAUCCUCUAUAAUUUAAGUCUCUUUAUUAUUGGACUAAUCAUUUCGGUUCUCAGGAUCAACACCGUGCGAAAUAAAGGCUGCAUAUCUAUUGUUACCAGCCAUAAUAAGCUCCAAAAUAAGUCACAGGUGCAUUGUGUGGAUUCCCCAAGGACAUCAAACUUACUUCAUCAUGUCUCUUAUUAGUAUGCCACUGGAAUCUAUAUUCUGCAGUACGACGGUCUGCUCAGGCAAUCUCUUCAGGCUGCAUUGUCCUUGUUUCUGUCCAAUCCUGGAGAACUUCCCCCUCUAUAAAAACGGUAUAUGUGACUGACUUGAUACAGCGCUGAGUUACACAGAAAAAGUGUCCGUGAGGAAGGCUUCAGGUGUGUAUGCAAGAUGCAUGCAGGGGAGACCAACGUGAUGCAUUUAUUUGGCGUGGUUUUUGCUUUGAUGCUUGUCGAUAGUGGCCAGUCUUUGACUGUGGCGGACUGUGGCGUUUACUACAGACGCCCAGAGUACACUGAUAUCUCUGUGGACUGUGGGACCACCGCGAUACAGUUGGCAGUGCAGGCCUGCCCCGUCGUUUACACCGGCUACAACGAGUCCCUGCUGUUACUGAACGGCAGGACGGAUCCGGGCUGCGGGGGGAUUCUGGAUACCAGUGUGAUGCCGCCAGUGGUGCGGUUCCAGUUUCCGCUGAACCAGACAAACUCCUGUGGAAGUGAAUUCACCACUACAGGUGCAGUAGGCACUGGAGUCUUUUCAGACUUCUCCAACAUCCAGACAGUCAACAUUAGCGGUUUGAUUCGAUCAUUUGACCCGACAGUGGGCCAAGUGACCUACAACGCCGAGCUGAAGUAUUUAUACUCCUGCUCCUACGCACUGGAGUACCUGAUCAACAACACAAAGAUUGAGGUGGCAUCAGCCUCCAUUGCAGUAAAGGACAACAAUGGCAGCUUCAUCAGCACGUUGAGCAUGCAGCUGUAUGAGGAUAGAAACUACACUACCCUCAUGGUCAUGUCGCCACUGGGCAUCGAGCUGAAGACUAACGUAUAUGUGCUUGUGAAGGCCACCAACUUGACAUCCCAGUACAAUGUGCUCCUGGAUCGAUGCUAUGCCUCCAUGACUCCCCAUCCCCACAACUCCACCUUCUUCAAUCUCUUUGUUGCGUGUAACAGGGACAAGCUGACAACCAUGCUAGAGAAUGGUCAAAGCCAAAACGCCAGGUUCACCUUCCCAGCUUUCCGCUUUGUGGAGCAGCAGAACCAGACCGUUGCUACCUACUUUCUGCACUGCAUCACCCGGCUCUGUGAGAAGACCACCUGCGCACAGUUCCAGAACUGCCGGAGGAGAAAAAGGGACGUGGAGAGCACUUCCCCCCCCACGACAGGCAUCUCUGACUCCACCACCAUCACCUCCCCACCUAUCGUCACCAGGGCAGAGAGCGUGCUGUCAUCGAAGGAACAGGCAUCAUACAGCAAGGGAGAUGAUUCCAAGACCUCCAUGGGCCUGGGAAUAGCAGUGGGUAUUCUGGUUCUGGCUUGUAUUGGCGUGGCUGCCACAGCCACCGUCCUCUACAAGCACUACAGGGUGCAUUCCGGAGUCUCCAAGCCGUUCCACAGCUAGAUGUCAACCAGGUCGUCCCCCGAGGAGCUCCUUGCACACUCUGUUGGCAUGCCUGUCUUAAAAUGACUGAGCUAACAACUCAUACCUUCUUAUCCUCAACAUCAAUGUCUUUACUUUUUAGAGCUACUUCAUUGAGUCCUAUAGUCCUGUUACGUUUAGCACCGUGUGUCUCCAUAUUAAAAAGUUUACCUGGAAAGCAUUAAUGCAUCUUACUCGAAAGAUGUUGUUGCAUCUUACUUGAAGGACACUGCACUCGUUAUCUCAGUUCUGUAACGUUUCAAUGAACAAAUGAAUCGGGUGUAGCUCAUUUUUAAAGUUUUUACUUAACAAUGUCUACCAUAGCUUAUUGGGGAACAUGUCAUAAAUGUUAAAUUCAUAUCCUGUUUUAUCUUGCGGAAAACGUUGCAAAGAAUCUUUUUGACAAAAGAAAAUGGGGGGGAGGGGAGGUUAUGGUUAGAUCUGUUUAGAAGCGCAUGUUUUAUUCAUUAAACGGAACUAUUAUGUAUAAAAUCAUUUGAAAUAUAUCAAACUGAGCUUUAGUAGGACAAUUAACCAAACAUUUUAUAGUAAUAUUAAAUUAUAUGACUUUUCUGCACUGGCCUCUGUGUAUGGCAAAGGCAUUUUGAUUUUAUUUACAUUUUAAAACUGUUUCCUUAUACAAAUUGUGUACAUUUCCAUAAUAUCCAAAUAGGAGCACCAGCAUCAUUAAAGGUUACGGGAACAAAAACA